ACAACAUCAAGUGAGAAAACAUCGAAAAUGCGUAUUUGGAAUUGUUUGAAGGAAAAAAUAAUAGUUCUUCUGUAUUAAAAGCAUAAAAUUCGUAUAUAUUUCGCAUUAAAAUUAUAAUAUAAACAAUGUUUAACUCGUUUUUUCGCAAUUGGCUCGGAACUGAAGAUCCACCAACGAAGGUCAUCGAAGUAAGACCGGAUAAUUAUGUGUCCAGACCAAUUUAUUACAGGGAUGAUUCAAUGUUGUUAUAUGGUCCAAAGAUCCCCAAUGAUGGGAAAAAUUCUAAAGAUAAAUUCUAUGAAAUUGUAUUACAUAAACCCUUUACAGAAAGCUUGCAUCAGAUGUACAGCUUAUUUCGAUCAGAAAGUCGUGAAAUUUCUGAAGAAAAAUUUAUUACAUUCAAAGACAGAAUACCAAUUUAUGUUAAAAUAACUAAGGAGUGUACAGUCCCAAGUCUUCAAAAGCUUUGUGACAUUCUCAGCGAGCAUAAGUCAUGGACUGUGGCACACAUAGUUGCACAUUUUGGCCAGUAUGAACUUCUUAAUGAACCCGAUGUUCAGAGACACAUUGACGAAGUUGACCCUAGUACAGGAGCCUCUGCACUUAUGGUGGCAAUUAGAACAGGCAAUGUACGAAUGGUACAAAGUCUUAUAUCAAUGAAUUCAUCAUUGGAUAUAAUUGAUCACGACCACAACUCUGUAUUUCAUUAUGCUGCUGCAAGUAACAAGGAAGUUAUUAAUGCCCUUGCCAGCAAAACAUCGAACUUCCUAAACCUAUUCAACAAGCAAGGGUACACACCGCUACACAUGGCUUGUCUCGCAGACGCGCCUGACUGCGUACGAGCCUUGCUAAUGGCUGGAGCUGAUGUAAAUCUAACAGCUGCCAAACGGACUGCUAGCAAUACACAAGCUCUACCAGGUGUUGUUGGCGAUGUGGUACAAAAGAAUCGAUCCAAACUAUUCGAAGAAGACAUGAAGCGUGGUGGAACGCCGCUCCACUGGGCGAUUUCCCGCGAAGUCAUUGAUGCUCUAGUCGACAAGAACUGUGAUUUUAACGCUGUAAACUUUGAUGGAAGAACCGCCCUACAUAUUAUGGUGUUAAGGGGGAGACUGGAAUGUGCUACCGCUUUGCUAUCUAGAGGAGUGGAACAUUCUACAGGAGACAAAGAGGGCAACACCCCUCUGCAUUUAGCAGUUAAACAGACAAACAUAUGCAUAGUGCAGGCUUUAAUUGUGUUUGGAGCUGAUUUGGAAGCGAAAAACAACGCUGGUUUGACUGCAAGGCAUUUGGUACCAACUGAAAUGGCGAAUACUGAUUAUGAUAGAAUUCUAUACGUUUUGCAUUCCGUCGGAGCAAAGAGAUGUACCUCCGACAUCCCGGGUUGUGGUCCAUCAUGUUCCUCCAGAGGGGAGUAUAAUGGGGUUCCACCACCACCGAUAGCAAGGUCUUCCACUCGCGAUAUGGUCUGCAGUAUGCUCACCGCUUCUACCAUGGACAAAGCGGCAACCCUGGGCUCACUGAAGAAUGAAGGACGCUUACUAUGCCUAGAUGGAGGCGGAAUACGUGGUUUAAUACUAGUCCAAAUCUUACUAAACCUCGAAGCAGCUAUCGGCAAACCGAUAAUACACUGUUUCGACUGGGUAGCUGGAACCAGUACUGGUGGGAUUCUGGCAUUGGCCCUCGCCACCGGGAAGACGUUGAGAGAAUGUCAGAUGCUGUACUUUAGGAUGAAGGAAUUUGCAUUUGUGGGAAUGAGGCCGUACCCUUCUGAGGUGCUUGAGAAUAUAUUGAAGGAGUGUUUGGGUACGGAGACCGUUAUGGCGGAUAUCGACAAUCCGAAGCUGAUGAUCCUGGCCGUCUUGGCGGACAGGAAGCCAGUUGACUUGCACAUCUUCAGAAAUUACCAGUCGGCUGAAAAUAUAUUGUGUGAAUAUAAUGGAACAAUGAGUCCUCAAGCAGAGGCCAGCGACCGUUCGUCAGUGGAAAUCUUAGCGGAGCCUCCGUCCCCAGCGGAACAGCUCGUGUGGCAGGCGGCUAGGGCUUCGGGGGCUGCGCCUUCCUACUUUCGGGCUUCAGGCAGGUAUUUAGACGGUGGUCUAAUAGGGAAUAACCCAACGUUAGACGCACUGACUGAGUUAGCGGAAGUGAGACUGGCACUGGAAGCCACGGGCCAGUAUGAAGCCGCUAAGAAAACUCAUCUCAAAGUGGUCGUUUCGUGUGGAACUGGCAUGAUCCCGGUUACAAAAUUGAAUGAUAUAGAUGUUUUUAAGCCGGAGAGCAUUUGGGACACAGCCAGACUUGCCCUGGGAUUAUCUUCUAUUGGAAAGCUUUUAGUUGAUCAGGCGACGCAAUCCGACGGACGUAUCGUUGAACGUGCACGUGCGUGGUGCCACUCUCUGGGCGUUCCCUACUACCGGUUCUCGCCGCAAAUGUCACGCGAACAUGCGAUGGACGAACGAUCUGAUGUGCACUUGGUGACCAUGCUAUGGGAAGCGCAUGCUUAUAUGAGGGAUCACAGGGAUAGGGUCGUGGAACUGGCUGCUAUGCUGACUGACAUGGAUGUUAAAUAAUUAUUUGUUCGCACAAUUAGGUGAAUAUAGUUUAAUAUAUGUGAUUAUAAAAAAUAUGUUAUCGUAUUUAAACGUUACAUCAAUUCAUAACUAACACGGGUUUAUCGCAAGCAUGGUUAUUUACAAAUGUCAUCGCAGGAAGCGGGCGCUUUUAGACUUAAUGUUAUAGGGGAAGGCGUGUAUACGUGAGCUUUUAGUUAUUUAUUUAUUCGUUGCAAUUAUUGACAAGAAUGUGAGAAAGGGUGAGCGUUCAAGUAUUACGUCACGCAAUUUUUGGAGAUUCUUGACCUACCCAAAACCUCCAACGUUUCCCCAUAUAUACAACGAAACCCCAAACGUUUCAGUUACCAUUAUAUGGUUUCAAGUACUGGAAAGUCGAAAAUAAUAUUAACAAUGACGAGUAAAUCAAUCCCCGCAACGUAACGUUAUACAAGAGGAGAACAAGAACCCAAAGUUCUUAAUACUUGGACGCUUCCAAAAAUAGUUUCAAUAAUUACGAAUAGUAGCAAUAAUAAGUAACACCCAUACUUAGUAGCACAAUUUAUAAAGUUCUAGAAAUGUCCUGAUAUGUUGUGAGAUCACGUCAUAGGAAAUAUGAGUUUGACUCUAGUGUGUAAGGUUUAUUAUCGUGUGAAUUUAGUUAAAAUAAACGGCUCACGAAAUUGCAAUUUAAUUUUUAUAAUUAAAUUGCAAUUUCUUGUGCAUACGACAAGCUGCAUAUAAAUUUAGUUAUUUUAUAUUAAGUCGUUUAGUCUUAACGCAUGGGACGAACAGUUUCUAUUUCGUCAGGUUUUUUCAGGCAAGUCGUCUGUGUUUAUAGAACAAUAAUAUUGCCGGAAAUCGAAUCUUAGACUUCCGUUUUUAUAAAAUUGCAUAGAUCUUUAAUAAUUAUCCGUUUUUGACGUUAAUGUUAUGUUAUAUAGAUAUCGGAUUAAAAAAACAAAGUUUAUCAGUUUAAUUAUUUUUAUCGAAUUUAGCCUUGAAUUUGUUAUCUUUGAGAAAUGCAUGUUAUGUAAAUAUGUUAUAAAUUAUUGUAUGCAAAUAUAGUAUAUAUUGACGCGCAAGACGGGAUUUGACAUUGGUCAUAACCGUCAAAGUUUGACAUUUUGCAUAAAAUACAUGUUAUUACAAUGCGCUGGACCAGUUUACGUUCAAAGUAAGGCACCAUACUGCUUAUUUGGCAAAUUGUAAAUAUUUAACCUGCAAACGUGUCUACUUCUCGAGUACACUUUCCUCUGUAUUCUUAGUAUAUAAAACAGUGAUAGUACGGUACUGUGGGGUGUGCAGUUCCCCUAUCCUAAAGGGUGGAUCCUCCAGCAAUCUUACGGGCUAAGGCCAAAAAGUCGUUUAUGUGUACUGAUACCGGCAAACUUCUUGAGCAUUAAACAAGUGAGUGGGGCAAAGUUUGCGCAUCGUAUACAGCGCGGGACAGAAACUUCAACUCAUUUACCAAUCACGAGAUCGACACAUCACUCUCCCGUCGCCCCCUCCCAGUGAUACCUAAAAAUCGCUUCUAGGCAAUGACAUUUGUUCAAGAUGUUUGCCGGUAUCUAUAUCGGUCGGAAUAACUUCGAUAUGAUGUCAUCGCAGUGAUUGUAGGUAUCACUACAGUAACGAUAAUAUACUUUAUUGGAAGAUUUUGGAAUGAAAUGGAGGCUCGAAACCACUUGUUUCUGAAUUGUAUACUCGAAGUUUAAAGACUACAAGUAGUAUUUAAGGGUAUUUUUUUUAUUUAUGAUUACAAUAGUUUUUUUUUAACAAACCCAAAGGUUUGUGUGUAACAGUAAUGUGCUAUUAUUAUUUUAAUAUAUCGUAAAAUUUAUUGGUAGAAAUUACAAGAAAUGGAGUAUAGAAGUUAAAAAUAUUAUCUAAAUUGGGAUUAUAAUUAGCAAACUUAUUAAAAACUGUGAUUUCUAACGAACGUAAAAUGAACCAACUUAUUGACUUUUUAUGUACUGUAGAACUUGUCGGCCUUACCUUAAGGUAAAAUUUAGUUUACACAAGCGUAAACUUUAAAUCCCUUUGUCAAAAACGUGUUAAGAUUUUGACAUACCGAAGUCAUGUCAAAAUCAAAAGCUUGAUAAAGUUCAUAUGUAGCAAGUUCUAAUUGUAUCGACUGAGUAUUUAAUGUGAUUGUAAUAAAAGUCUAUAUCUAUUGCAAA